AUGGCAGAUUAUCAAAGCGGCGAUACGCAAGUUGAGCAACAGGGCUACGAUGACCAGCAGGGCCAAUAUGGUCAGGAAUCGUACGAUCAGCAGGAUCAGUCCUACACUCCGCAAGAAUCCUACACAGAACAGAAGGAGAGUAGCUACCCAGAGGAAAAUUCGGGAGGUUAUCAGAAUCAAAACACGCCGUACAAUGGUGGUAACCAAGGUACCAGAGGACGCGGCCGUGGCCGUGGUGACUCCAGAGGGGGAGGUUUCCGGGGGAAUUCCCGUGGAAGAGGCAGUUCUUUUGGUCGUGGCGGCGGUUCAUUUGGUCGUGGAAGUGGGGGUGGGGGUGGGGGUGGGCGCGGUGGUAGCGCACCUCGUGGAGGCGGUGGUGGAGGAUUCACGGCUCAGAAGCGCAGUUAUCAACAAGACGAAUACCAAGGCAACAUGACCGGGUCUAUAGAAUUCGUGAAGAAGAGGAAAGUUAACGAUAACGUUUACAGAAUACUUGUUCCUGUUCGCAGUGUCAAAUCAAUCAUAGGCCCCGGUGGCCAAAACAUAAAACAGCUGAAAGAAGCAGCCGGUGAAGGAUGCAAAAUCUCUAUUUAUACCCAAGGAACAAACAAAGUACCACUGCCUGAGGGUACUGCUGAACGCGUUGUUAGUAUCGAAGGAAGCCCUGAGCAGCUCAAGAUCUGUUUGAACGAGGUCGUCAAGAAUGUGCAAGCGGCACCGUUUGACAGGUACAGAGGAAAGUUCAUCUUGAAGUUGAUGGUACCAGAACAUACGUGCAGUAUUGUUAUCGGGCCUAAGGGAGCAAAUACCAAGAAAAUCAGAGAGGAGACAGAUACGAUAGUCCAGUUGUUCAGAGAUCCACUGCCUGCUUCAGGAGAACAUGUCGUCAACCUCAAGAAUCAAGAUCACGAGAAGUUGGUCGAAGCUGCAAUCGGCGUCUACGAGAACAUUCAGGAGGCUAAAAGUAAGAACAACAUUCUACUCUACGAGCCUCAUAUGUGGACGCCUGGAGAGUUUGGAACCACUGGCAGCUUCCACGAUGAGGAGUACGAAGUGUACACCCGUUACAACAACAACAACCAACAGCAACAACAACAACCCCAACAGUUCUACAACAACCAAGGCUACAGUGAGGAUCAGACUUUCUAUAACGACGACUACGCAGAUGACCAGAGUUACUACAACGAGCAGGGAGCAGGGUACGGCAAUCAGGGUGGGUACGAAGAGGAAUACUCGGAGAGCUAUCCAGAUCAGGGCGGGUACCAAGAUCAGGGGUAUGAACAGCAGGCCCCACCAGUGCAGCAAGCACCCGCUCCUAGAGGGGGUCCGCGGGGCCGCGCUAGAGGUCCCUUGUUAGGAUCCUCGCCGAGUAACAGAGGAGCGCCACGAGGCGGUGUUGGUAGUGGCACUCCCACCCAAAGAGGUGGUGCUCAGAGGGGUAGUAGUUUCAGUGGACGGGGCGCUUCUCAAGGACAGCAAGCACCGAGGGGAGGAUUUGGAGGAUCCCGAGGUGCUCCAAGAGGUGCUCCCAGAGGCGGCACCCAGCAAGGUGGCUUUGGUGGGUCUCGUGGUGGUGCAAGAGGAGGAUUUGGUGCCCCUCGAGGUCGAGGUGGAGCACCAAGGGGGGCCAGUCGUGGAGGAGAUAGAGGCCGUGGUAGAGGAGGAAACUGAUUUGUCUGAGACAACAGAGACUAGAAGAUGAUGAUGAUGCUGCCAUCCUUUUAUCGACGUUUUUAGGAAACGAAAUUUCAAUUUUAUUUAUCAUCUUAAAGUGUACGUAAAUUGUGUCGUGUCACCGCCGAAGCAACAUUCUUAAAGAUGCUCAGAACGAAGCACUGCCAAGAAAUGGUGUAUAUUUUGAUAUAUGUAUUAAUUUAAACUUAUUUUUCUUGAAACUUGAUAUUUUUAUCUUGUACGA